AUGUUGAGCCCAUUCAUGCUUUGUUUUGAAUUCUGAGUUUGACAAUAUUUUUUUAAACAAAAAAAAAUCUUCGGAUUUUUUAAAAUUAGAAAUUCAUUUACAAAUAAUGUCGAAUGUCUAUGGUGGAGACGAAGUUGGUGCAAUUGUUUUCGAUGUUGGUAGUUUUUCAACAAAAGUUGGCUAUGCAGGUGAAGAUGCACCAAAAUCGGAAAUACCAUCCAUAGUUGCCAUACACGAUGCUCCAAGUAAAUUGGCCACGGAAAUGGAUCGUGUAGAUAGCGGUUCUUCAUCCACUGGUAGUAAAGAGCGAAGAUUUUACAUUGAUACCACACAAGUAAAUGUUGCCCGUCCUGGCCAAGAGAUUAAAACAUUUCUUCGAGAUGGAAUGAUUGACGAUUGGGAUUUAUUUGAAAAAAUGCUUGAUUAUAUUUAUGCUCGACAUAUCAUGUCCGAAUCAUCACAGCAUCCAGUUAUGUUCUCGGAAGUUUCGUGGAAUUCCAAAAAAUGUCGUGAAAAAAUAACGGAAAUAAUGUUUGAAAAAUAUAAUGUACCGGCAUUCUAUUUGGCUAAAAAUGCAAUGCUUGUAGCAUUCAGUGUUGGACGACCAUCUGGAAUUGUAUUCGAUUCUGGUGCCGAUCAUACGGCCGCUAUUCCUGUUUACGAAGGCUAUGUGAUCGAAAAAGCGAUUAAACGUAAUCAUUUUGCCGGAGAAUUUAUUACCAGUUUAUGUUAUAAACAUUUGAAUGAAAUGAAAGUCGAAGUCAAUCCAUAUUAUAUGAUCAAAUCGAAACAACCAGUUGAACCAGGACAACCUGCCAUUUGGAAUAAACGACAGAUUGCUGAUGGAUUAACAAAUUCAUGGCAAAAUUAUAUGCUAUUAUCCGAAAUACGUAACUAUAAAGCAUCAGUAUUGAAAGUUUAUGACACCAAAUAUGAUCUUAAUGAAGCAGAAAAGUAUUAUGAUCCAAUUAAUUAUCAUUUUCCUGAUGGCUACAAUAUGGAUGUUUCAUUGAAUGAUCAAUUUUUAAUACCUGAAAUAUUUUUCAACAAAUCAUUUAAUAUAUCGGAAUUCAUACAACAACAACAACAAACAUCGACAACAUGUUCAUAUUCAUAUUUAUCAAAUCUACCAAAAGAAUGGCUAACCUAUCCAGAUCUAUUACUAUCAAGCGUUAAUGAAUGUGAUAUCGAUAUACGACCAUUACUAUUAUCAUCUAUCAUAUUAGCUGGUGGAAAUACAUUGAUCGAAGGAUUUACCGAUCGUAUGACAAACGAAAUGAUGGCUACAGCACCAAAAAAUGUACGUCAUAAAGUUGUUGCGAAUAAUUCUUCAACUGAACGUAAAUAUGCAUCAUGGAUUGGUGGAUCAAUACUUGCAUCUUUGGGAACAUUUCAACAAUUAUGGAUUUCUAAACUUGAAUAUGAUGAAUCGGGAAAAUCUUGUAUCCAUAAGGAUAAUUUGACUACAUGAUUAAAUAUUAAAUGAUAACCACUAUAGAUUAUGCCACUUGUUGCUUUGAUUGUAACCGGCAUAAUAAUUAAAUCCUAA